CUACCUGUACUUACAUAUGGAGCUCAAACCUUGACAUUCACUAAAAUAAACAUGGAGAACAUCAGAAAAACUCAGAGAGCUAUGCUGGGUAUCUCACUCAAAGACCGUAAAACCAAUAAAGACAUUCGUAAUAGAACAAAAGUAAAAGAUGCCGUCGAACAGGCAGCUAAACUGAAAUGGAAAUGGGCUGGAGAUAACGAACGUCUUAAGGAUGGCCGAUGGAAUAAAGAAAUCGGAAAUUGGCGGCCAUAUAAAGCUAAAAGACUACGAGGAAGACCGCAAAUGCGCUGGAGCGACAAUAUUAAAAAAACAGCAGGACCAAUG